CAAUCAGUCCGAGGGAUCUUUGACAUAUGCCCUUGACUCACACCAGCACCAGGGGCGAUCUUGUCCUCGUCACCGGAGCUUCUGGAUUCAUCGCCGCCCACACUGCCAGAGUGCUUCUCGAGCAUGGCUUCAAUGUUCGAGGUACCGUGCGAUCAGAAGACAAGGGUGAAUAUCUUGUAACGCUCUUCAAAAGUCUACCCGGAGAGUUCACAUAUGUCCUUGUGAAAGAUAUCAGCGAGGAAGGCGCCUUUGAUGAAGCUGUGAAGGGGGUCAACGCCAUCGCCCAUAUGGCAUCUCCGUUCUAUAUGACGAAUGUCGAGAAUCCCCAGGAGCUAGUGCGUCCUGCAGUGCAGGGUACUACUGGUAUUCUGAAAAGCACACAAAGCUACAACCCUUCUGUCAAGCGCAUUGUUGUCACCUCGUCUGCUGUCUCGAUUCUCAAUAUCAUCUCCAACAAAGCUCCUCAUCACUAUACGGAAGAAUCUUGGAACAUCGACUCGGUUCCUUAUAUCAAAGAGCACGGCACAGAGGACGGAGGGCUGCAUGCUUACUAUGCUAGCAAGACUAUCGCGGAGAGAGCGCUCUGGGAAUAUGUUGAGAGCGAGGAACCCACCUGGGAUGCUGCCUCUAUCAACCCUGUUCUCGUCUCUGGCGAGGUCAUCCAUCAAUGUGACAAGGUGGAAGAUCUCAAUGCCUCUGUCGCUAUGAUAUAUCAGUGGGCUUCUGGACAAAGGUCCGAAAGCGAUUUGCUAGCACCAUCAGGCCCUUGGGUAGACGUCAAAGAUGUCGCUCUCGCCCAUGUUCGUGCUCUCACCACUCCAGAAGCCGGGGGAGAGAGGUUUCUCCUCAGUGCUGCCAAUGCUACGGGUCAGGACUUUGUCGACUCUAUACACAAACACUUCCCAGAUGCCAAGAAUGUGCCCGUUGGUAGGCCUGGGAGUAGCGCCGCUGUCAACGAGCAGCAAAAUCAUCUUGAUGGUCGAAAGGCUGAGAAGGUGCUUGGGAUCAAAUAUACGAGUCUUGAGGAUUCUGUCAAGGAUUUGUUCGAAAGUAUAAGAAAAAGGUUUGGCACCAUAUAAUAAGAUACAGAGUAGCUAGUAUAGGAACCAAAUAGUCAAGAGUGUUGGACUUACGGGCGGCAGGUGAAGAGCGAAGAGAUACAAUAGUCAUGAUCCCUCCUCCUCGAGCGGUCUGUCAACACCGCAAAUUCUGCCUAGCAACUCUGCGUCUCUCAUAUCAAGGCAUGUAUGCAGAUCACUGG